AUGAAUAGAGACGUGGUUGAAGGUAACUCUACCUCCCUCAGGUCCUCUGCCCGCUUUCCCGAUCCUCAAGAGUCUCUCGCUCUUAUGGAUACUCCUUCUCUACAUGUGAAUGUUCUGGGGCUUACACCUUCCCCUGGGCUUCAGCUGCGGGAAAACUCCGUACAGGAUGAGAAACAUGACUGUUUCGAUGAUGAACAUGAACCGGCCGAUGCGAAUGUCAUGACGGAUGGCAUAGACCAGACGGUCAAAGAAACCGGCUUGGAAGGGUUUGAAGCACAACAAAACAAUACUAUUGAUUUUGGUCAGGAUUUGUUCGAUCCGCUGUUCGAUUCUACCAUCCCAGAACUCGAUUCUCUCUUCUCCCGCAAACGAACCGCAGAGGAGUCGCACGAAUUUCUGCCUGAGAAACGACAACAGUUGGAAUAUCCUGGGACGCCGUCGCUUACCACCGAUUCGGGGCUCCAAUCACCUGCCUCGCUCUUCGACACCUUUGACAACUUGUUUGGAAAUGGAGUUGACCUGCCGUUGGUAUUGCACGACAAUCCAAUACCUGAUUUCGAAGAGGAGACUGUCGAGCCUCCGCUGGGCACGCCUGAAACUAGCACGCCUGGAGUAAGCGAAUCGACGAAGGAACGAUUUUUUCUGGAUGAGCAGGACAUUCUUUCCGCCACUACCCGCGAAAUAUUCCAAGUUGGAAAACUGCCCGAGUACACCUCGCCGUACCCAGUCACUGGAGGGCCGCUAGGUUACAUUCCUUCGUCUCCGGGAAUCCAUGUCAAAUGUGUCGGCUUAAGGGAAGAGAAAAAGGACCGUGAGAUCUUGAGUCUACAGGCCAAACUCUCCCAGAUUACACGCGAGCGAGACCAGUACAGAAAAUCGUUAUUGCAAUAUACAAAGCUAGACCACAACGGGAAAGUACCGGAACAGCAGCUCCGUGAGGAGAAUGCAAUGAUUCGACGAGUGUCAUCCAGACAUCAAGCCCGCGUCGAGAAAUAUAAGAAAGAAGCAGCCGAUUGGAAGGGCAGACUCCACCUUGUCAGCACCUUGUACAACGCCCUUUUGUAUGAAAUCCAAGUCGAAAAGCGGGUCCCCACUGUUGGUUCUAUCCCAGCUGGGUACAAGCGGUCGCGGAAGUCAGCCUCUGUGCUGGAACAGAUAAUCGGCCACGCUGCUGUGCCACUGCCUCAUCCACAAAAUUCGGUGCACUCGCAAUUUGAAAAAACGCUUAACGGCAAUAUCCAACCUUCUGCCCCGACUACACGGCAAACCAGUCAUCCCGAGCAACAAACCCAAGCUGUCACAAUUGAUUUGACCGAAGAAAUUGAAGCUCCCGUUGCUGAACCCCCGUCUGAAGAAGAGCGCCGUGCAGCACUCAAGUCCCUGCAAAGCAAGAAAUACAAUUGGUUACAAGCCGGAAAGGAUGCGGCCGAAAAUACUGUCUCGAGUAUCGAUGACGACGAGCUCGCUCUUAUGAUGGAGGAAGAAUUAUCACGGGCAUAA